CCAGCACACAGGGGGAAGGACAGCGGAGCUCACACAGCAGACUGCAGUGCUUCUGAGCGUUUCUGGACCAGAAGUUCUCCUCACAGAGAGAGGGACACAGCAGACAGCAGGCGCCAUGGAGCCGCCGGCAGGCCCUGCAAGCACGAGGCAUGUCCCCUGGAACAGGCUCGUCCUGGCAGUCUUACUGUUAACUUUCUGGACCCUGCCCACCACUGCCCAGCUCACUAUUGAAACGGUGCCCCCCCUUGCUGCAGAAGGGUCGGAUGUUCUUCUCCUUGCCCACAACGUGACAGAGAAUCCUCUAGGCUAUGCCUGGCACAGAGGAGAAAGGGUAGAGAACUCCCAGCUAAUUGCAUCAUAUAGGGUAGCCACUAAUUUCACUACCAAAGGGCCUGCACACAGCGGACGGGAGACACUUUACCCCAACGGAACCCUGCUGAUCCAGAGCGUCACCCAGAAAGACACAGGAUCCUACACCCUGCUCGUUACAAAGGAUGAUUUACAGGCUGAAAGACAAACUGGACACCUCCACGUACACUCGGUGCUACCCAGACCCGUCAUCACCAGCAACAACUCCAACCCCUGGGAGCAUGAGGACACUGUGGUGUUAACACGUGGACCUAAGACCCAGACCACCUCCUACAUGUGGUGGAUCAGCAAUCAGAGCCUCCCCAAGAGCACCAGGCUGGAACUGUCUGAGGACAAGAGGACUCUCACUGUGUUCAAUGUCACAAGGAAAGAGAAAGGACCCUAUGUGUGUGAAGCCCGGAACCCAGUGGGCAUCAGCCGCAGUGACCCAUUCACCCUGGAUGUCCUCUGGCAAGAAAACGCUCGAGCCCUCGAUGUGGGGGCCAUUACUGGCAUCGUGAUUGGGGUCCUGCUCGUCCUGACGCCGCUGGCUGUCCUGGGGUAUUUCAUUUUCCUUCACAGAGGGAACUGGCCCCCAGCAUCCACCUCAGGACGUGGUCCCUCUGGCAGCUCUGUCUCCCAGGCCUCCCUACCUGAUGCCAGGCCACCAGCUCCCAUCUACCAGGAAUUAGUACGCCCCGACACAGACGUUUACUGUAAUAUCAGCCACAAAGCAGAUGUGGGUCCUUAGUUCCUCCAGACACGUCUUCUUACGGACUGUGGAAAAGAGCUUACCUGAGACCCAAGACCCGAGUGAGGUCAAGAGGAAGAGCCUGAGGCGGAGAACCAGCUCUGAGACCUGAGGCUAUUCGGGAACCUGGGCCCAGACUCAGGGUCCUCCUGGAUUCCUGGAGACACUGACAGGCUGCCCUGAAGCCUGGAUGGACCAGAACUCAGGCUGCAAUUCCCACAGUGGGGGGAGGUUUCAACAGGCAAGUGACUGGGCCUCUGACCCACUGUGGACCACCAGAGAGAUCUGAAUCAAGAGCACUUUCCUUCCCCUGGUUGCAAAACAUACUGCUCUUGGGUCUUAUCCAGCAAGAAAUUCA